UCACAAAACUCAACCGAAGUUAGUUACAAAUUUUGUUGCAAACUUCACUCAAUUUCUUCUGUCAUUAGUUUUUCCGAAAAAAUUACCAAAAAUGGCAAGUAAUUCAAAAAAACCCGAUUCAAAGGAAAAAACCCUUACCCCAGAAGAAAUUAUGAAUGGUUUCCAAUCAUUGAGGGCUGAACAAAGAACACUUACAUCUAAACUAUCAGAAUUUGAAUUAGAUUUAAAUGAACACAAAAUGGUAAUAGAAACGUUAAAAAACGUAAAUGAUGAUAGAAAAUGCUUUAGAUUAGUUGGAGGAGUUUUAACGGAAAGAAAAGUUAAAGAUGUUUUACCAGUGCUAAUUACCAACCAAGAAAAACUAGCCGAAUUCAUUGAAAAAUUAAACGAACAAAUUUCAAAGAAAGGACAAGAAAUCAAUGACUUCAGAGAAAAGCACAACAUUCGUUUCAGAGGAAUGGACGCCCCCAAAGAUACUGAUGCAGAAAUUGCUCCUAGUGCAGUGGAAAGUCGAGGAAAAGUACUGGUCUCCUAACAAUAUUUUUUUUAUAUAAGUUAUUAUUAUACCAUUCAGAACAUCGUCGAAAGUUUAGAUAUUUUAUUUACUGUAAAUGAUCAUAUAAAGCGACUGCAUUUAAAUCAGAACCAUUGCCCAUUACUAUAUCAAUAAAAUAUAUGUUAUUGAAAUAAUUUGUUUGAUACUUUUAAAAUCUGUAGGGUACCCUACAUAUAAGCUAUAUAGCUUAAAGAAUAAUACAAAUAUUUUGUUCUCACACUAAAGCGGCUUUAAUAAAUAUUUUACUCUUCUAAAAA